ACCACCACAGCACGCCAUGCGCGCACCACCGCGCUUAACACGCCAUGCAUCUUUUCCAUCACCAACCAACGUAAGUAGCAAACCUUCCCCGCCGCGCCAGCCAUUGCAUGCCAUCGAUAUCGACCGCCAACCCGCCCAAGAACCAGCCACCGCAGCCAUGGCCGCCGCCGCCGUGAUACGACGCGUCCAGCUCGUCGUCCUCGUCCUCGUCGUGGCCGGCGCAGCGGAGGGUGCGGAGACGACGACGCCGACGACGCACAUCAAGGUGUACUGGCACGACGUGGUGAGCGGGGCGGACCCGACGGCGGUGCAGGUGGCGAAGGCGGCGACCAAGGGCUACUUUGGCGUGGCGAUGGUCAUCGACGACCCGCUGACGGAGGGCCCCGACAUCAACAGCUCGGCGCCGGUGGGCCGCGCGCAGGGCACCUACAUCAGCGCCGGCAAGGACAAGGUGGCGCUGCUCAUGAACAUGAACUUCGUCUUCCAGUCCGGCAGCUACAACGGCAGCACCGUCGCCAUCAUGGGCCGCAACGAGGUCUUCUCCGCCGUCCGCGAGAUGGCCAUCGUCGGCGGCACCGGCGUGUUCAGGUGGGCGCAGGGCUACGCCCAGGCCAGGACGCACACCCUCGACAUGAAGACCGGCGACGCCACCGUCGAGUACAACCUCUACAUCAAGCACUGAUCCACCCCUUGUAUCGCUCACCAUUGUAUUACUAGUAUAAUAUACUCUCUCCGGAUUUUUUAUAAAUUCUUCGGAUAAAAUAAAUGAUCAAACAUAUAUCGAAAUAUAAAUUUAGAAAUUACUUUGUAGAAACUAUAUGUAUGUAGGAGUGUCAAAGUGUUAUAUCUCUCUUAGAGACCAUGCACAUGUAUUAUCGGAAUUACUAAAUUUAUAUCAACAGAAAAUAGAGAUGAACACAUAUAUGCCUUGAGAUUCGAGUAACAGA